AUGUUUGUUCAAGAUUCAUUUUUUAAACAACAAGAUAAAAAUCCAUUAUCAAAAUCAUCAAAAACAACAAAUAGACAUCGAAUACAAAUUUAUAAAUUAAGAAAAUCAAGUAUAAAUCGAUCUAAUUCAGCAUCAAAUAUAAAAGAUAUCAAUAAAUUUGAAAAUAAUCAUUUAUUUAAUCAAAAAAAUCUAACACCAAUAUUAACCAACAAAUCAUCACUUAUUUAUCAAUUAAUGCGUUCAAGACUUGAACCUAUAUAG